UCUGCGAACAAUAAAAGAAGAGUGGGUCGCCAUUUUGUUCGCUAUAAAAUCGUAAAGAUCUUACCAAAGUUAUAUAAAACAUCCCUGACCGAAACCAAAACUUAUCGUUUGAAAUGUGUCUGUGAUAUAAACAGUGGAGUGUAAAUAGCGGUAUAUUUGUGAUAUGCACUAAUUGUCUGUGUGUUUUUAUUUUGGUACAUUUUGGAGAGGGUGCAGAUCAGCUGAAGGGACAGAAAAUGAGUUCGAAGGACGAUGAAUACGAUUAUUUGUUCAAAGUUGUCCUCAUUGGAGACUCCGGGGUAGGAAAAAGCAAUCUGUUGUCUAGAUUUACUAGGAAUGAAUUUAAUUUGGAAUCAAAAUCGACAAUAGGAGUGGAAUUCGCGACUCGUAGCAUGCAGGUCGAUGGUAAAACAAUAAAGGCACAAAUCUGGGAUACGGCAGGACAGGAAAGAUACCGUGCCAUCACAGCGGCGUAUUACAGAGGGGCCGUCGGUGCUCUGUUAGUCUACGACAUUGCUAAGCAUUUGACUUACGAAAAUGUGGAGCGUUGGUUGCGUGAGCUCCGGGACCACGCGGACCAAAACAUCGUGAUCAUGUUGGUUGGCAAUAAAUCGGAUUUAAGGCAUCUACGCGCCGUCCUAACCGAGGAGGCGAAAGCUUUCGCCGAAAGAAACGGCCUCUCAUUCAUAGAAACGUCAGCUCUUGAUUCGACCAACGUCGAUUUGGCUUUCCAGAACAUACUCACAGAAAUCUACCGAAUCGUAUCACAGAAACAAAUCAGAGAUCCUCCCGAAGGCGACGUUAUUCGACCACAUAACGUGGAACCAAUAGACGUAAAACCAACGAUGAACACGGAUGGUGUGCGCAAGCAGUGCUGUCAGUAGUGUACUACACUAGCCCUACACAGAAUUCUGCAUCAUGUAGUGAGCCUCUGUACCACCCACCCAUGGCUAUUUGUGUUUUUGUUAUAAUUUACAUAAAUCUGAAUGUCCUAAUGCUAACAUAUUGUGACUUAGCGUGGAGACUCCACAUCUGUUUGCUGCGCACUUAGAGCUGUUACAGUUUUGUAUACUAUUAUAAUUUCAGUAAAUUUUUUCUAUAUAAAAUAUAACUGUAGGUAUUUAAGUAAUGAAAAGUUUAUUUAUCAAUCCUAUGCUUUAAGGCAUGUGAUCAUAUUUAACGAUAGUUUUAUCAAUUCAGGUACAGACCUAAGUUUGAAUAUCUGUGUCUCUGAUAGAUAUUAAAAACAAUAGUCCUUGGUUUUAUUGUAAAUGUGCUCUGUUAUUUAUAAUUGAAAAUUUACUACAAUAUAAUAACCGUUAUUUGCUGGUUUUGUUGAUUUGGUAAAGCUAGACGUGGACUACCGUUCCAGAAUCGGGGCAAACACCCGACAGUACCAUUCCAGUGUAUUAUUUUUUCGCAAGUUUUGUGAAAGACUGUUGCAGUUUGCUCAGGUUUAGGAAGGAUAGUUGAAGUUACCAAAAUUCGCGUUACAAAAUUUGUUUUUGUUACUGUCUUUAGCUAUAUUAAAGUUAAUAGGUCAGAUUGUACACCUGUAACAAAAUAACGGUCUUUGUAUGUAAUAUAAGCUUAUUCGAAAUUUAUUAUACAUUUAGUUUUUAAAUAAAAUUUCUGUAAUUCAA